GCGGCCCUGCAGGAGCUGCAGCGAGUGGUCGGUGAGCAGGCAGCCCAGAUCCAGAGACUGACGGAGGGCGCCCAGAGGCCAGAAGCAGGGGCCGACGACAAACGGCUCGAGAGUAUCGUGGACACGAAGAUCCUGAGCAGGAUUGGGAUCUUCUCGGGCGCUGAUGAGGAAUGGAGGCAAUGGUGCUUCGUGUUCGAAUCGACGGCAGGGCUCGUCGACCUAGAGCAGAUCAUGACGCACUGCGAGGUCACAGAGGAGACUGAGCUAGGCUGGGCGACACAGUCGGAGAGGGUCCAGCUGAGAAUGAAGGUGCUGUACCACCUGCUGAUCGCCACGACGAGAGGCAAGGCCCUCACGAUUCUCCAGAUGGUGCCGAAGAACAACGGUGCCAUAGGCUGGAAAAAGUUGAAAGAAGAGUACGAGCCGAAGUCUGGCGGAAGGCUGACGGCGAUGCUCAUGGGAGUGCUGAAGCCCGAGUGGGAGACGGCCAUCAGGGGCGGCGUCCGCACCUGGGAGGCAGCCUGGAAGGAGUCGGAGAAGAGCGUCUCGCUCUACGAGGACGUGAAGGCCGUGGUCCGCCAAGCCCUGGGGGCGAUCGGCCAGGACUACAACAAGCUGGCCAAGGUCGUCACGGACUACAUCGCCAGUGGCAAGGUCUACGAGACCACGGGAGCGCCCCACGGCAUCCAGUACGACGGGCCCAUGCCUAUGGACGUUGGGCUGGUGAAUGAGAAUGGAAACGUAGGUGGCAUUUUCAAACCUCCAAAGGGGCACGGCAAGCAAGCGAGGAUUGAUGCCGGAAAGGGUCGGGACAUGGAUCGCGACACCUGUAAGAACUGUGGCGAGCGAGGCCAUUGGUCAAGAGACUGCUGGGCCCCAGGAGGUGGAUCAGCGAACCAGAUGAAGGGCAAGAGCAAGGAUAAGAAAGGCGGCAAGGGAGGCAAGGAUAAGAAAAAAUGCGACAAGUGCGGGAAGCCAGGCCACGAGGCCAAGGACUGCAGAUCACACAUCAAGUGCGACAGGUGCGGGAAGCAAGGCCACAAGGCUUCGGAGUGCAGAUCGAAGCCAGAGAAUGCUGAAGUCAAGAGGAUAGUCAACGAGGAGGACGAGCUGUGGGUCAUGGGCGUCGCUGAGAGUGUGAACACCAUCAGUGACAGCAGCAAGUACGUGUGGGUCUCGAUCGACAGCGGGUCGGACGCCGAUGGGUGUCCCCUCGGCUUCGGUCACUCGAGCGACGACGUCGACGAUCCCACUAGAGUGGAGCUGAGGACGGCCACGAACGACGAGAUCCAGGAUUACGGCGAGCGGAACGUCGGCAUCGCGUUCCUGGACGAGACAGGCCACGAGGUGAUGGCCACGAACCGAUUCCGCAUCGGGGACUUCAGCAAGCCUGUGCUCAGCUGCGGCAUCAGGGUCAUGAGAGGGGCUGCCAUCCACCUUGAGACGGGGAACAGCUACAUGGCCCCGCCAAGCGUGAAUGACAUUCAGAGGAGGAUACCCCUGACGAUGAUAGGGAAGAGCUUCUACGCGAAGUGUCGGGUGCUGGAGGAACUGCGGAGGCUUGGGAUCAUCGAUGCAGCCAUCUACGGCACCAAGGAGCAGCUGUGGGAGAGGCUCGUCAAGUGCGAUCACCAGCUGGAUGAGAAGAUGAAGGUCAAGAUGGCCCUCGAGGAGCGCCAACGGCGACUCCAGGAAGGCGUUGAUCCCGAAGUACCGAGGGCGCUGAAGAUCCCAGAGAGACCAGGCGCGGAGACCGUGAGGAAGCAGGAGCUCACCCGCGCGAAGUUCGAGCCCUGGUGCCUGGAGUGCGUGUUCGGAAAGGGAGAUGCUGCACCCCAUCGGGGAGUCCAGUUUCUCACGGACAAGGAGCCAGAGGUGCCUGUCGUGCAGAUAGACUACCGCUUCUUGAAGGACGACGGCCAUGAGGCAGAGGAUGCGGCCAACCGCUUCUCCACCACGCUGGCCGUCAUCGACUUCGACGCGGGCGUCCCUCUGCAGCUCAGCCUUCCAGAGAAGGGAGGCAACCAUGACUAUGCGGCGACCUCGAUCGCGAGCUUCCUCAGGAGGCUGGGCGCCGCGCAGCUCAGGCUCAGGAGUGACGGAGAGCCGAGCAUCGUCAGAAUAGCGAACGCGGUGGCGGCCAAGAGGCUCAAGUUCGGCAACUACAAGGUCACAGUGGAGCAGGCCCCCAGGUACUCGUCGCAGUCGCUCGGGGCCGUGGGGGCGCAGCAGAAGAUCUUGCAGGGCCAGACCAGGGCGAUCAGAGUUGUUACAGAGAAGGUGAUGGGUAUCAAGAUAGGACCAGGUCCUGUUUUGUGGCCGUGGCUUGUUAGACACGUGGGCUUCAUCACGGAGAUGUUCCACAUAAAGUCAAACGGACGGACUCCUCAUCAGGAUGCGACUGGCACCAAGUAUCAUGGCGUCGUCCUGAGGUUCGCAGAGGCCGCCAUGUUCAAGCAUCCGAUGUCGUCGAGUGGCCAGAUGACUGGAGGCAGGCGCAGUCGCAAGUCAAAGUCGAUGUGGGAGAAGGGCAUCUUUUUGGGCAAGACCUACGAGAGCGACGAGUUCCUCAUGGGGGCGAGCAGCGGGGUGCAGUUGGUCAGGGCCGUGCGCAGGCUCCCAGAGGAAGGCCAAUGCGACCUCGAGCUCGUGGCCAAGAUGGUCGGGGUCCCCUGGGGCCGAGGCAUCGGCCAGAUCGGAAGGCCGAAAGGCAAGAGGGUGGUCAUUCUCCCAACUGCCCCGCCUGAGAAGAAGCAGGAGGAGGCAGAGGUCGACGACGCCAAGGAGGAGAAGAAGGUCCCAGACACCGCGGUUGAGAAGGGAGUUGCCGAGGACGGGCGCAGCUACGCGAGUGCCAGGAGCAGGACAGGCAGCGGCCACAUGGAGGAUGCGGGGCGCCCCACACCGAGGCAAGAGGCAGGCGGCAGCUCAUCAUCUCGUCCCGCCCAGCCGACUGGGGAGUCAGAGGUCCCAGAAAUCGAGAUGGGCACCGUUGGAGGCGUCGACGGCUUCGUGAUGGACGAGAUCGACCCGAUGCCCGUCAUGGAUCCAGAGAUGGACAUCGACUGGCACGAGGGCGAGUACGACGUUGACCUCAUCAAGGCAGGCAAGUGCAAGGAUAUCAACACGAUGCAGGAGUUCGAUGUGUUCGAAGCUGCGUCGCCUGACGAGAUAGACUCUACCUGGACAAGGCUGUCGACCAAGUGGGUGUACCAGGAGAAGGGCGAAGAGAUUCGCUGUCGCUUCGUCGCCAGGGAGUUCAAGAGCAUGGACCCCGAGCGCGAGGGGUUAUUCACGCCGGCCAGCGAACCCACGACUGGCAGGCUCAUAGAUUUCAAGGCGGUGAAGCGGAAUCAGCCCACCGUCAUCAUUAACGCUGUCAACGCCUACUUCCACGCGGACCAAGACAGGCUAGUGGCAGUUGUGCCGCCUCGGGAGUGGAUCGAGGCAGAGGCACUCAAGGGCAACACCGCGAGGACGAUGUGGAGGAUGAAGAAGAAGCUCUAUGGCGAGAGGGACGCGAGCAGAGAACGGGAUUCAGUGGACCUGGAGCUUCAUCAGGAUGGCAUCUACGCGACCGCUGACGACAUCAAGCUCCAGGCAUUCACGACCGAGCUCGGCAGUGAGGUCAAGAUCACGGUGAGCAAGUUACUCAAGGUGGGUGCGAAGUACCAGCAUCUGAAAGGAGGGCGAGUGAGAGUCGAGGGUGGCAUGUUCUUGAUGGGCAACAAGAAGUACGCGGACAAGAUCAUAGAGCUACUGAACCUCGGCAAGGCAAAGAGCUCGCCCACGCCCAUCGUGGCGAAGCUGCUGAAGGAAGACAGCGGGCAUCCUCUGAACGCCGAGGAGACCAGUGUCUACCGACAGUGCGUGGGCAUCGCGAGGUACAUGGUCAAUCAAGUCACGGAGGUCACGUUCGCCGUUCACGUGCUGAGCAAGAGGCUGGCUGCGCCCACCGACAACGACAUGAAGAGGCUCAAGCACCUCGGCAGGUAUCUACUUGGAGUUCGUGACUAUGCACUGUUCUUUCCUAGAGCUGGAGAGGUAGAUAUUUUGGAGUGCUAUACCGACUCGGAUUGGGCUGGAGACACCAUCGACAGAAAGAGUGUUUCGUGCGGGGUGUUGUGUUGCGGCGGCUGCACGCUUCUCGAGUACUCGCGCGGCCAGAGCAGCCAAGCGUUGAGCUCAGGGGGGGCAGAGUACUGCGCGUCAGUGACGGCAGCUGCCGAGGCGAUCCAUCUCCAGAGCGUGAUGGGUUUCCUGGACAUGAACGUGAAGAUCAGGAUCCGCAUGUACUCUGCUGCGGGGAAGGCGGUCUGCCACCGCAUCGGAGUGGGGAGGAUUCGCCAUCUUGAAGUCCGCACUCUGUGGCUCCAGGCCAAGGUGCGAGACGAGAAGCUGGUGGUGGUCAAGCAGGCUGGGGGGACGAACCUAGCCGACGUGGGCACCAAGGCGCGGAUGGCGUGGAAGAGAGCACGGCUGUUCGGGUCAAGCGACUCGACGUCCAAGAUGGCGAGGGUCGGCGCGGCCCUGGUCGCUCUCCUGGACAGCCUGGGCUCGGUGAAGGCAGACGGUGAGUGCGACGUCUACGGCUACGAGACGGACGAGAAGGAUAUCAUCCUGAAGGACACCCGUCUCGGGACUGGCGUGCACCUCCAGGGCAUGAUGCUCAUCGUGGCCAUGAUCUUCAUGGUGAUCGUGGCAUGCGCAGUUGGCGGCUGUGCUGGCUGGUGCGUCGGCUACUUCACGAGGCCGAACCGCACAGAGGAGAGCAAGCAGAUGAAGGAGAAAGUGGAGCUCUCCCAGAGGGCCACCAAGGCCAAGAAGGGGAAGGUCGAGUGCAG